AUGGCCGCGAUACCCACCACCACCAUCCUUCCCCGCACCGGCAAGACCGCCUACACGCUCCGCCCGGCCGUCCACGCGGACGUCCCCGGCCUCGCCGCCGCCUACUACGCCGCCUUCGCCGACUCCCGCCCCGGCGCGCCGGCGGACAACCUUCUCGAGGUGCUCUUCGGGGACGACCACCGCGCGCACCCCGCCGCCGUCCAGGCCACCCUCGCCGACAUCCUCGCCCCGCGCCUCUGGAGCCUGUAUUACUGCCUGAGCGCCCUCGUCGACGCCUCCGCCGAGGAAGAGAUCGUCGGCUUCGUGUGCAUCAAGAGACCGGACUGCGAAGUCACUUUUUACGAGCGUUGGCUCUCCCCCCGGGCGGAGUGCUCGAUUUGCGGCGGACGCAGGCGUUUGCGCGCGCGUUCGCCGGCAUCGAGCCGCGCGUGCGCUGCUCGCCGCGCCGAAGAGCGGCGUGGUACCUCUCCGUCGUGGCCGUGCGGCCCGCGCUGCAAGGCCUGGGGCUCCAACGACGCGGGCGCCGCGGAGACGGAGGCCGGCGCGAAGCAGGAGGACGCGGAGGAAGGAGGCCCGGCGGUGUGGCUGACGGCGAGGAGGGGCACGGAGGGACUGUACAGGAAGCUCGGUUUCGUCAAGGUCAUGGACGGCAACACGGGGCCGCUGAGCGCGUGGAACGGGGGCGCGGUCAUGUUCCGUGGGCUGCAGGGCGUCGAGGACCGUCCUUGA